AUGCCACGCUGCCUACGAGAGAUCCAGCCACUGUGGGAGUCCCUGAAGAAUCUGGCGAAGACCAACGAGAAGAUCUGUGAAGUUGACGAGUCCUCGCCCCAUCAUCCCUACAAGGCAUGCAUUCUACUCCGCCAGGCUGGUAUACCAUGCAAGAUCUGGGGCAACGAUACCCAGCCUUUUCCCGGGGUCCUAACAGAUGUGGCGGAUCUCUACAUUCUGGUGCCCGACCCAGAGCAAGCUGUGCAGGUCCUGAAAGACAACGCAUACAUCCCCACCUCACCAGCCCCAGCUCUCGAGAGAAUCCCCGAGUUCAGAAAUGCACCUCGACUCGUGUCCCCGGUGCCAGCCCUCUUGCCCGCUCUGGGAGCCAUGUGCUCCCCUCUAAGUGAGUGGAGAAUUUCAACUUACCCGGGGCUGGUCUUCUUCGAUGUAUUGCUUCUGCCCGCAGCAGAAUGGGGCUACUGUCUCGCAGGCAAUGUGUCGGGACUGCGACAGCUCAUCCCACGCCUUCAUGAGCAUUUCGAUUGCACAGUCGAGAAAUGGUUGGGUCUCCCCGAUGAUAAGGCCAAAUUGCGAAAGCACCUCGGAACCAUUAUUGCCUGCGAAUUCGAGAAAUCGGAUGAAUUUCGAACCAGAUACUUCAGGAAUCAGGUUCGUAAAGAACAUCGGCAACUUCUGUUCGAUAUUCAGGCAGAUGUAGCUGAUCUUCGAGGCCUGAUGAGGAAAACGGCACAACAGUACUAUCGAGACAUCCGGAACCGCACACUGCAGGACGGAAUCAAGCCAGUUCGACCUGAUAAGUUGGAAGGUAGGAUAGCCAGAGUUCAAAGAACGCAGGAGGAUAUGCAGAGCACACAGAAUGAGGGUGCGCGGCCCUAA